CAAUGAGAAAGGUCUCCUCAGCACCCUGGACAGAGGCCCUUUGCACUGUGCCACUAUUAUUAUUUACUCUUUGUAAAGUGUUUUGCAGGUUCACAGCAUUCCAUUUAAAAUGCAAGAAACGAUGCCCAAACGGCCCAUCUAUCUCUGCAUAGAAUUUAUGGUUUCUCCAUUUGGCACAGUCUAGAAAACACAAGCUGACAUUUAUAGGGUUUUUGCAUUUUAUUGCAUAUUGACGGUAUAAGCAGGAUCACAGACAGACUGCAUUCACAAGGGCUGAGACUGCCUCUCCCGUGACUGUUAUGUGCCUUGAGCAGGAAGAGGUAAAGGCAUUCCUGCCUUUUGUAAAUGAUGACAAAGCCUUCGGUAAUGAGCUCCUUAUCACAGAAUUAGCUCAGAUCUAAUAAUGGAGCCUUCUAGCAUCCUUCCUUCCUAGUCAUACGCCCUCUUUCUGAAUAAUGCAGCGCCUAUUUUUUCCAGUUUUGGCUCAUUCCUUUUAUCUGAACGCUUUUGCCACCAGAAUCACUUCUGCUGCCAGCUGUCAUGUCAUUGUAUUGUGAUUGGUGAAGGAAGCAGCAGCAGCAGCAGCAUCCCUUUAUUAUGGGAUUAGAUCCAAGAAUCCUGAUGUGCAUAGUUUGUGCUCUGUACCACUUUACAUUGCACUACCCUUUUUAAAAGAAAAAAAAAAGUAUUCUCACACCAUUGAUUUCAUGACUGGCAGUGAAAAGGUUAAAUGCUGGUCUCAGGUUACAUCCCAUCAUCCCAAGGAUUAACCAUCCUCCCACCCCUUUCUCUCUAUCACAUCCCAGGUUACCACGGCAACUGCAACCCUAAUGAGCAGCAUCAUCUGAGUCGAUCUCACAGCAUCAUACAGCGGGUCACAGGAACAGCCGCUCUCCGCCCAAAGCCUCAGACGCAGCGUGCGCAGCCCGAGAGGAGAAGAGAUGAUUCCUGACUCAUUAUGAAUGUAACCCUGACACCAACGCUGCCAGAGCACCCAGGUAUCAUGGAGCCCCCUUCUUUGAAUGUGACUGAGCUAGAAGGUUCCAAUGGCCAAGACUGCAUCCAACAGUAUGACAGGCCCCCUCCAUUGCACUCAGGAGCUGAUUGGAAGAUUAUCCUGCACUUGCCAGAGAUUGACACCUGGAUUCGCAGCACCUCGGAGAGGGUGAGGCAGCUCACUCAGUCAGUGCAGGAAGACCCCCAGAGCAAGCAUGUGGAUGUCCAUCUGAUGCAACUCAAGGAAAUAUGUGAGGACAUCUCAGACCACGUGGAACAGAUCCACGCCUUGCUGGACACUGAGUUCUCCUUGAAGCUCCUUUCAUACUCUGUCAAUGUUAUUGUUGAUAUCCACACUGUCCAGCUGCUGUGGCACCAACUCCGGGUGUCUGUGCUGGUACUUAGGGAGAGGAUCCUCCAGGGACUACAGGAUAGCAACGGCAACUACACCCGCCAAACGGACAUCCUGCAGGCAUUCACCCAGGAAAAUCAGGAGGACAGGCUUGAUGCUCUGACCGAGGUGGACUGUUCAGGUCAACUGACCAUUAGAUGCCCCCCAGACUACCUCUCCUUGGACUGUGGGAUUACAGCCUACGAAUUAUCAGAUUACAGUCCCAGGGAGGAGGAGAACCACAUGCUACCUGCCAAGCCACUACAGGCCUGGACAUACAGCGCUAUGCAAGAAGAGUUUCCAGAUCUGGUUAAGGGUCCUGGUCUAUUGAGUGUUGCCCCUGAAUGCAAUGAAGAGCCCGUGAAUGAGGAGGAAAAUGACUGCAUCCCCAUAAACACAGAGGAAUCAGGACAACAGCCCCCAAGAACACUUGCUCUGGCUGAAAGUACCACCCCUAAAAGACCCCUACAAGACAGCAGUGACCAUGGCAGUGACUCGCCUACCCGCCCUUCACUUCCCAAGAGGGGGCUUUUCCUAAAUGAUGCUGGUCAUUUUGGACAAGCAGGGUGUAUUGGGACAUCUGUAGAAAUUAACUCCUCUCAGCCUCCGUGUCCUUCCUCACCUCGAAACCACCUAACUCUCACACUGACACCUCCAUACACUCCCACUGCUCCUACAAAAUCUAAAAGUCAUCUAGAGGCAGAGAAUGGAAAGGCAAGCAGAAUGCAAGGUAGCAAAGACUUAGACAUUAAGAAGCCACAGUGCCUAGACACAGCAAAGUCCCCCAGUGGAAAAAGUCCCCCGCAUAGAACACAAAAAGAAAACGCAAAAGAGAUGUGGGAAGACCACAAAACUCUAGACUCACCACCCCAUGACCUAGAGACCAGCAGCUGGUAUGGAUCAGAUGAGUUCUUGGCACUUCCUUCCCACUUGCACCAGACUGAUGUCCUUGCCUUGCAUCUUGGAAGUCUUUCCCAGUUAGUUUCUCCUGCACCUGAGGACUCCCAGCCACCCUUUAGGGAUGUGGAAGAUUGGGAGAUCAGCUCAGGCUCUGAGAUUGGUCCCAGUUCUCCUCGUUGCCUAUCCCCCAGCACCCCCAGUGACCUGGCCUCUUACUUUAAUAGCAGCGGUCAAUCAACACCACAGCUGGCAGGAUCAACAAGCAGUAAGUGCCAGAACAGAGCAGAACUCAUACAGAAGCUCAUGUGGGACAUACAGAGGCAGGACAACGAUCGGCAUGUGUGGGACAGAAUCCAGGGCUUUGUGUCCAAGCUGGAUAGAUUUAUCCACUGGCUGCAGGAUGCUAUGGAAGCCACAGAGAACUGGACCCCUCCCCAACCAGAGACAGAGGCCCUGCAGCUAUACCUGCACACACACUUGAACUUUAAGCAAAGUGUGGACAGUCAUUGCACUCUGAAGGAUGCGGUCCUGGAAGAGGGGCACAGGCUGAUGGAAGUGCUGGUAUCACACAGACCAGGCUUCCAGGAGAUGCUGCAGAUGAUCACUGCCCAGUGGAAAGAACUGCAAAGGCAGAUACGGAGGCAGCAUGGUUGGAUCUUAAGUGCACUGGAUACUAUCAAGGCAGAGAUUCUGCAGCCAGAUGAAGAAGAUAAAGCACAGGUAAAUGGGUCUCUAAGCUCCUUAGAAGCCCAGAGAGAAGCUGUUUCCCAGAUGUCACUGCAGUUGAGUAGUGCCCAACACUCCCAAAAUCCUGUGCCUCCUGAAGUGACGUUCAUUAAAAGUAGCUUGAGAAAGGAAAGCAUGUACGAGGUGGAGGCAGAAUGGCAGGAUAUCUGGGACUGGCUGCUUGACAUGGAGGCCACAGUGCAAAACAGUCUAGGGUUGCUGGUGUCUGAGGAUCAACAUCUACAGAUGUGCAAGAGGUGCAAUGUGGAGAUGUCACUAAGAGAAGACAGAGUUCAGGCUCUUCUAAGUCAACUUGAAGCUCUUAAGCUUGAGGGAUCUCCGCUUCCUGACAGCAUACUCAGCAAGGAAGAACUCAUCCGGGAAAAGUGGGAGAUGCUGAAGAAGUCUCUCUCUGAGGCGCUACCAGCUUCAGCCACUCAGGUUGUUCUAUCUCCUGGGAGUGGGAGCUUGUUGCAGCAGCUAGAUCAGCGUGUAAAGGAGUUGAAAUCAUGGCUGAGAGAUACGGAACUAACUCUGUACAACUCCAGCUUGAAGGUGGUGGAUGAGGCUGGAGACCAGGAGAGGCUCCAGAAAGAGCUGCAAAGGUUCCAGGCUCUUUGCACUGAGCUCCAACUACGCCGGUGUGGAGUGAUGUCUGUCCUGCGCCUGUGUCACCAUCUCAUGAACCUCCAGGAGCCCACUCCACAACAGGACACCCCAAGCUUGCAGCUGCUGAGUGUAAAUCUAGAGAGGAGGUGGGAGGCUAUAGUGAUGCAGAGUACUCAGUGGCAACGGCAACUGCAGAGAGAGGUCGGUGAUGAACAGGAACUCGAUUUAUUUGUGGACCCAGACUGGGCAGAUCUGAGGAGCAAUGUGGUCGAAGAAGCUUUAGAGUGGGAUGAGACAGAUAUAACUGCAGAAUCAGUCUGUGGCAAUCAAGAUCCUGAGAGUCUGACAGCAGAAGCUACAGUGUCACAUGAAAGAUGUUGCUCAGACCAAGCCAUUUCAGGGCACCUAAGUCACCAAAGUCAAUAUCAAACUCCUGUUUAUCAAGUCUAUAGUUUGCACAACAUGGAACUCUUCAGAACAGGCAUUGAUUCCUCACUGGGAAAGGAUCCAAAGUUAGCACCACUAUCCCUGUCCCUUUUGCAGGGCAAUACAUAUACAUCUUUGCCAGAUUUAGCUAGUGGUUCUUCCCGAGAACACAGUUUACAGCCCCCAAAAACCAAAGGAGGCUCCACUGGACAUUCAGAAUGUGAAAGCGGUAUUGCUAGUGGUGGGGAAGGAGUGACUGCUGCUAAUUCAGAAGGAUGCCUUUCAUUAGACGGGGAGGUGUUGCAGGGGAGGGAUGAGGACAUUGGACAAAUAGUGACAAUAGAGGAUGGACCGAUAUCAUACUCAAGAACCAAGCACUUUGCUCCUUGCACAUUAUAUGACUGCUCUUUCUUGCAGACAGACAGAUUUAAAACUGGUUCACUGGAAAGAGCACAGCUAUCUAUCCCUAAUUUUUCUUUUUCAAAGAUAGCUGGGCAAACUGCUGUUAACAGGACCAUGCUUCUUCCAAGCUCAAAAGACCAGAGUCCAGACGAUACCACAGAGUUUCAAGACUUUAUUGAGGUGCUUAGUGCCCAAGACUCUCCUUCUAGUUCCUCUUCAUUGGAAUCCCUCUCUGUUGCUUGUGAAGUACUGGAGAACACGUCACUCCGACGCAGUGUGUCCCUGGAGAGCUGGCCAGCAUCUUACAAAAGCAAUGAGGACCUAUUCAGCCAACAAGUCUCUGCAGAUGUCACCCCAGGGAGUGAACCUGGGGAAGAACUGAGCAAACGUACUUUGGACUUACUAAAAAGGUUAGAAGACAUUGAAUGCCCAUCCGAACAAAAAAUGAAACGUAGUUUGUCUGAUGAUAUAACCCUACGAAGUGGUUCUCGAGAGACUUCUAUAACUGGUUUUCAGUCUCCAAGAGACAGGGUAUCAUCUGAGAAUGAAGAUCUUGGUUCUGAACUGACAGAACUAAGUAGCAGUGAGGAAUUGUCUUUGAGGUCUGAGGACCUGGCGGUGCUAAAAGGAAAGUUGUUGGGCUCUAACACAUCCUUCCACAAGCAUUUAAGUCGCUCCUUAUGUGGAGAGGAAGGGGAAGCUAACCUCAGUAUGAUUGUCAAUGUGUCUUGCACUUCUGCUUGCACAGAUGAGGAGGAUGAUAGUGACCUACUGUCCAGCUCCACUCUCACAUUAACUGAGGAAGAGGAGGAGGAGUUUGAAGAGCCAAACUCUAGUUUGGGAAGUGAAGAUGAAGCUGAGGAUGGCACAGAACUGCCCUUGGGGGCUGAUUUUAUCAGACGAGAGAUGCAGGCCUGGAUUAGACCCUCAUUCUUCCUUCCAAAAGAGAAGAGGAAAAUAAGCAGAAUAGUACAGGACAUGCCUGGGGCAUCUAAGGAUAAAAAAGCCUUGCAAAGCUUUUUACACAGACAUUGUGAGAACAAUGGGAAUGGAAAAGCCUCAUGUAAGAAAAUGACAAAAAUAGAACCGGAGAAAAAUUUAUUUACCUCCCCUCAGCUAGUGGAUGAUAUGGAGAAUGGAAAUGUCAGUAAUAGGUUAGUGCCAGUUAAAAAUGGUGUUAACAAAGUAAACAUGCCAGAAAGACAUAACAAACCCGGGCCUCACCCAAUGAUAUCAAUAACCAAGACAGAGAAGCUUCACCCACCUAGCAUGCCUGCUUUAGCAUAUCAUAAACCCAGAGAGCUUGGCCCACCAUUUAAUGGUAAAAGCAGCUUACGUGUCACUCGUGAUGCAGUUGUAGAUGUAGAUAUGCCAGACAUGAAUUCCUCGGCAUUAGAUAGCAGCCAAGAGUCUGCCUGUUCUUGCCAUGCUACUUAUGAGAAGACUAAGAACCCAGACUGUAAUGUACAUGAAUUUGUGAAGGAAAUUCUUGAUAUGGCAUCCACAGCUCUGCAUGGCUCAGUUCCACAAGAGGGACCAGGUCAUGGUAGAGGAGCACAGCUCAGGAAGAAGGUGCUGGAGCAUUCCCGUAAGCAGCUUGAAAGGGGAGACUUUAUUUCCUAUCUAUCUCUCUCUUCCCAUGACAGUGACUGUGGAGAGCUAAAUGGAUCUGUCCGGUCAGCAACUCCUCAGAUGUCAACUGAAGAGACUGGGGCUGGAGACAUGGAAGGCAUGUUUGAAGCCUGUACUGAGGCCAAGGUAGAAGGAGAAUCUGACAGGUCUUCUGAUUUGAAAGGUUCUUUUAAUGGGACGUCCAAACAAAACUAUCUAAAAAAUGAGCCAGUCAAAACCAAUACACCCCGGUUAGGAAUUAAAGGUCCCCAAAACAAAAUCCAGGCUUCAGGACAACAAACUAUCUUAAAAGUUUCUGGGCUUAAAUUUCAGGGGCAUUCAAAGAUAACUAAAGGAGCAAACACCAAAAUUUCCAGCAAAGUGUUGCCUGCUUCUCGAGAACUGAACUCAGAUCCAACUGGAAAGAUUUCUGCGAAGCCAACAGUCUCCAACCUUCCCAUUCUGCACAAAAGGGCAAAGGAACCGAAGACCGCGGGCAGCACUUUAGAGAGUACAGAGUAUCAAAAGAAACAACCUCAUGGACCCAAGAGCUACAAGGACCUCUGAAUGUUCACUCUACAACUACUAAGAUACUUUGUCUGUAGGAGGUGAAGUUAGCACGUGGAGUGGACCUCCAUCUUUCUGAGCUUCCUCCUUAAUGGCAUUGGGAAACUGGGUCUUUUUUUAAGUUUUUUUUAUUUAUAUAAGACAAAGGAAAGCUUUUAUUAGACCUGUAAUGCUGUGGAAAUAAACACAGAGAAUAUUGUGUAGCAAGGUAGAACUUCUGGAAGGCCGGUUUUGCAUUGCUUGCUUAUACGUAAGCCCUAAAGAACUCCACAGUUGAUGUGUCUUGACAUGUCCAUAGCUCACUGGGAACAAUGCUUGAUUAAUUAAGCCCUACAAAUGAACAUUGUUGUGAGCUAAAGUGAGGGUGACAACAUAAAUACAGUGGCUACAAGUAUGACAGUAAGGGAGGAAUCAAGAGAAAUGCUGAAGGAAAUAAGUAUGAGUAGGCUAGAACAUGGGUGUUUGUACAAAGGUUGGACAGAAAAGAAAGAAGAGUUGUAGGCUGUUAUCAAAGAGAUAGGAAAGUGAAGAAGUAUUCAAAGAUGUGGAAGAUAUUUUUAGUAGAGGGUAGAUGAGGAAGACAAUAUAACAUUUGAUGUAUGAACCUUGUUUCAUUUAGAGGCUAAUUUUACAUGUAUUAUUUUGCUUAUUCUGCUGCCGUUGCCGUUGGCUCUGAUCAUUAUUAAUUGUCAAAGCUGCAAUGCUCUGAUUAGCAACAGAAUGCUCUAGCUUUGUGAAUGUGCUACUGUUCUGAUUAACAACAGAUUUUAGUCCUGCCCACUAGCUGGUUAAACGCACAGAGCAAAUAAGAAAUUGGUGCUUACCUCCCAGUGAAAUUAGCCUUAAAAGGAAAGGCAGAAUGUGUCGGAAAAAUUGCAAUACACAUUGAAAGACCUUUACUAAAUGUGUUUCUAACAGGCAGAGGACAAUCAUUUUUCAGUGUCAGCAUUUAUAUUGAGAUGCCAGUACAGUAGUAUACAUAUAGCAUUAACCAGCCAAAUUACAUAGAUUACAGUUAGAGAAACCAUAGAAAAAAAGACCAUUGUAUGUUAAAAUUUCAAUAACUAGGAGUAAAGUAAGAGGGAAAGCCAAGGUGGGUAGAUGGACUGUGAUUAUGGGAUUUACCCUACAGUAAUUCAUGUAAACAAAGCAAACAACAAUUUGCCAAUUUCAAAUAAACACAAGCAACCCCCAUGUAAGGUUGAGCCAAUACACGUCGUCCUCAACUAUAUGAUACCAAUAGGAUUGGCUGUUAAGGUGAGGGCCAGGGAACUUUGACCUUUUGAUCUACAACUCCCAUAAUUCAUAGAUUGAAGAUGGGAUUUGUAGCCAACUGUAGAAGUGGUGGAGGCUGGAGAGCAUUAAAAUGUCUACACUUGGACCCAACUUUUAUUUCAGUGAAAUUUUGUAGGUUAUUGACAGAUAAGGGCAGAUAAAUGGUUUUAGGUUUUGGCUUUCCAGGAAUGUGAUGUAGAAUUAGGCAGGAUGCAGCUAAAAGAUAAAGAAGGCAAUAGACAUUGAAGAAUGGGAAUGAGAAAAAUGGAACCUGUAACUGAAGCAUGUACAGAGUCAAAUAUUGCCCGGCAAGAGGGAAAUGUGAUUUUUGGUUUCUUCAGAGGUAACACAUGCCAAGUGAAGUUGGUUAUAUAAACAGUAUAUUGCUUGACCUAUGCAGAUGGAUAUCUGGGCUUUAAGAAAUACUGAUUUGCCAAAUAAAAGCCAAUAGUAUUCUAACUCUGUGUGCUGCAGGGACAAAACUGUCCUAUAAAAGCACAUUUUGUGUCAUGUACCCACCCCUUAACACCCCUCUAAAUUGUCACAUUUGUCCAUAGAACUGAAUCUACUGCUCCAUAUAAUCCAAUGGUUCCCAAACUGUUGGACUGCACCCCCCACCCCUGAGGUUCUGGAGCAGUAGCAGGUGGAGCUCAGGCUGGAGGCCACGUUAGGGUGAUCAUUGGGAAGAAUUGCUAUUUGCUCUCCUAUAUAUACCUGAAAGCCUAACUUGAAGGUCAAUCAGAGUGAUAGGCCCCAAUUUUACCCUGUACUUUACUAAUUUCCUGAGCUAAGGGGGGCCUUGACCAAAGGUUGGAUUUGAAGGGGGCUUGACCUGAAAAAGUUUGAUAACCACUGCAGAAUUUAAAUAUCAUCUUGAUAUUACAAAUGUAUUAGGGAUUUAUCAAAUCCAUAAUUUUUGUGUUUGACCUAAUAAUGAAAAUUAUUAAAUGCUAUUAUGUGUGAACAUAAGUGUCACUACUAGUUGUCCAAUGCACUAAAGUCACAUGACAGCUUCAGCUGAAAUCAUGGCUGCUGCCCAUCCAAUACCAUUAGGAGAAGAGGCCAAUGGCCAAAGUUAGGGCAGCCCAGUAUCUGCAUGUUUCUGCAUUCUAGCACUUCUGUGAAAUGUUGCACAGGAUAUGUAUGGCACCUAUAUGCACAAUGAAGGGAUUUGGUUAUGUUUGUUUUGAUUUAUAGUGUGCUUUUCCCAGAUAAUGCUACCAACUAAGGUUAUUCAUGGUCAGUAAAGGGGAAAAUUUCCUUCCCUAGGAACUGACAUUGGAAUUUUAGAGAGUUGGAGUCAGGGUGGCUCAUUUAUAAACAAUGGGCAAAUUUGCACCUGGGCAGUAACCGAUAGAAACCAAUCAGUCAUUAGCUU